AUGUCGCAAAUGGAAGAAUCAGAGGCUCGAGCGAAUUUACAAGCGACAUUGGACGGCACAACCACUAGUUCCACGGCGAUGACGGCCGGAGAGGAAUCCCAGCCUCAAGCAAUAUCUCCAUCUGCCGUCAUCGUCGGUAACGCGUUGACCGAAUCGGAACCAUCCAGCGAAGAACCUGAGUCGAGCCAUUUAAAUCCUGAAGGAUCCUUCGGGUAUGACGCCGAUGCAUCAAAGCACGGUCUCGAUUUAAGGCCGGGUCGCAUCGAAGAAAAGUUGCUGGACGAGCUGUCACCGUCGCGUUCGACGGUCGAAAUUGUAGACGAGGGCGAUGGCGGCGAUACCAAGGUAGAAGCUGCCCCUGAUUUUUUUAAUUACGGUCUCGAAUUUUGGGAAAAGUCCAGAGCCACUUGGCUUGCUACUAAUCGCGAUGAAACGCGAAUAUCUCCACACGCCAAGCCUUUGGAAGUGGACGAGAUCAUCGACGCCAUUUUUGCCGCCCCUCGGCAGUGGCGGGAAACUACGGGACCUACACGCUUUCCGACGCCGGUACCGCUUCCGCAAAUGAUUGACAUUCUGCAGGAUUUAUGGGAAGCUGAGGGACUGGAGGUUUAG